GGUUCGAGGAAAUGCUGGUGGUGGGUGAACGAGAAAGAGAGGGAAAAGAGACGCCUUCCCACAGCACGGUCUUAUAAGCAUGUCUGGGCGUCUGUUGCAACGUGACGCCAAGUAUGGCAGCGUGCCGGGUCAGAGGCACGAUGUCAACAUGCGGCCGAAAGAAGAGUGCUCUUUGAGGAAGGACGACUUGUGGGUAUGCAUCGCACCACUGGAUAAAAUGCUUCUGUACCCCCUUUUCAAUUUGGUUGUUCCGGGUCGACUUCUCGAGCGUACAUACCGAGAGACCGAAGAGUACCAAGGUAGCGACGACAGCAACCGGAAGCAGGCUAAAGUAUUAGGAAGCGUCCGCAAUGGUGGUUCAUGAUUUUCGCGUUCUAUUUUUUUUCCUUCGUCCGAGAAAGUAUGGGUGGAGCAGGCUCAUGCUUGCUGCUUCCGAGGCGGGCUUUUGACCGUCAACGGCCCAGCUCCUGUACUUUCCGUAGGAUAAUAGUCAGACUGAAUAGAUAGGAGACAAAGAGGAGGAAUUGGGCGGGCGUAGAUUCGAGCAUCAGCGAGAGAACGAGGAUACGUUGACGCGAUCGUUUCAUAGACAAGAUAAGCAAGGAUAACUUGACAGAACGACAAGUGCUUCAGGAACGGAGGAUUCAAAACGGCCAGCGUGGAAGGUGGAAGCUACGUUGUUGAUACUUGGCCGUGUCCUGAUGAAAGAGAGGGCGAUGAAACCGAGCCAGCUUCUUUUGCUGAGAUCAUUGUGGUGAGCUGAGGGUUCUGGUCGUUUGGUUUAUAAGAAUGGCAAUUACUGCUCAAUCAGUGGGCAUAGAACACGGUGUCGGUGAC